AUGCAGAAUCUUUUCCAUCAUAUCUUUCUCUUCUGCUCUUUCUCCUGCCUCUACUACCAAGUGGCUGCACCACUUCAUUUCCUACCACCACCACUGUUAGUUACUUGCUCAGAGCCAAGAAAUCGUGUUUAUCAACGACAAGACAAUGCGCUUCGAAUCUCAUGUCUGUGGGACGGCUUUAUUGUGAUGCAUUACUCAAGAAUACCAGGAGUAAAAUCCGGGGAAGAAGAGUCAGUUUUCCAACCACCACCUUACUGUCGCUGGUUCCGAAAUUCCAUUCUGGUAAACAGUACAAAUCUCUGGUCAGGAAAUCUAACGCUGGGCCCAGGCCUGCCAGGAGACAGCCCUCAUCCACCAUGGGCUUAUAGUCAGAUCACCGUACAGUGCACAUCAGCGUUUUGCUCACCUCCCUUGUGCUUUCACCGCAAUCUGAGUAUUGAGGUUUGUGGGCAAGAUGUCCGUCUCUUCCUGUUCUGGCCACGUACCCGUCCAAUUCUGGAAUGGCAGCCUGUGCACUUGGGUUGGUGUGCACGUCUUAAGAGUUCCACGUGGAUCUACCACUUCAGGAGUCAAGGGGGUAGUCCUGCUGAUCUCCUCAUUCCUAGUGAUCAACACACUGAGCUCCCUCCAUCCGUUGCAUACCUUAAUGCAGAGCUGCAGCAGGUCUGUAGGUCCUAUUAUAGCUACCACUUGACUGUGCGCUAUUCCCACCGUGGGUUCUACACUGCUUCUGUCACCAUUGAGCAUGGGCCUCAGGUCAGCGUUAGUACGGAUUUCUUAGUAGAGUCAGCCUUGCUACAUGUUUUUAGUGCAAAUUCCACAUUGCUGAGCCAUCCACAUGGGACAUUCAAUCUUUCUUGGAGUUUUCAACAACUCAGCCAAGGGAUAGUAGCUUACAAACUAUUGAACAUACAUGACACAAAAGGGUGGUCUCAUUCCUACAGUUAUAACCCUUUUGCUUUGCAUAGUAAUUUCUGUGCUGUCCAUAAACCACAACAAUCCAAGGAAAAGGUGGUGGCUAUUAUCUACUUCCAAACCAAUGAAAGAUCAUUUGGAGAGCUGUCAGGAAAACUCGAUUUCUCUAAUCAGACUCUGAUAUUUAAUGUAAAUAAUGCAGUUCCAACUUACCUCACAAUCAACCCACAGAAAGUCAAGAUAGGCACAUAUAUUGUUAGCCAUAACACAGGACUUUACUAUUCGAUGGAAGAUGGUGCCACCAAUAAAAAUUCCAGCUCCCACUAUAUCUUUUACCAGCAAGCAGGCUUUUCCUACCUGGUCAUUGUGGAGUUUGUGCAGCUACAAUUGUUCAGUUUCAGUACGCACAUAUAUCUGAACCGGAAGGGAAGACUCUUCAAGUCUCUAAGAGAAAAAGAGAUAGAAAUUCACGUUUUCAACAGCACUUUUCCUGAUGAAAAUUUGGUCUAUAUUGUAUGGUUUAUUCCCGUACAACAUCCUCUGUUGCAGUGCAAAUGGCUCUUCAACCUGCAACUUUUGGAUUCAAAAGACAAGAAUGAGGUUCAGAACUAUAGUUUUGCCUACAGGAAUUAUGUCAAAAAUGCAACACAGUUCAUUCCUGACUCUGUCUUACCUUUCAACCCUGCUUUGUACACUGGCUUUGUUGCAAAAAUGAAGUGCAUUAGCAGUAGAUUUGUACUAAUGGUUUUGAAAGCUACAUUCAACCUUUACAGUUCUAAAGUCAUAGAAUCCAGAUUAGCUUGUCAUCAAAAAGCUUGUUCUAUUACAAAAAUUAAUAUCCAGAGGUCUGAGACAUCUAAAUUCAUCCUACAUUAUGCUCCAGGGAUGGAAUUUACCCUGGCCGCUGAAACACUAAUAAACUGCCCAGGCCCUAAACAAACAGAGGUCAUCUGGAACAUUUAUAAAGUGCAAAAUAGGACCAGUACCCCAGACUGGUCCAAACCUUUCAACCCACCUGGAAUUAGGAGAAGAAAUGACAUGACAUUAAACAUUCCCAGUUCUAGCUUAGACGAUGGCUUGUACGUCUUUAAUUUCUCCAUGAAAUUAAAAUCAUUAGAUACAUGGGAUAUUACUAAAAGUUCAGAUUCAGUGCUUGUUGAGAUUGGGCCAGAUAACUUGAUGGCCGCCAUUGCUGGAGGCAAUUUCCGGUCAGUUAGCUUUUCUGACCAGUGGAUACUGAAUGGAUCCGUUUUCUCUAAUGGUGAAGUGAUCCAAUCCUUUCAAAAAGGACUCUCCUUUAUUUGGUAUUGCACCAAACACAAAUCAGACUAUGCCUCAAUGACUCUAAGUAGAAAUGGGAAAUGUCAUCCAGACCAGGUAGACUUGAAAUGGACAACUUCAUCUGACCCAGUUCAAACAGUGAGACCUAAAACACUUCAAGGAAGCAAUACAUACUAUUUCCUCUUGAUGGUUCAGUAUGGUAGCCGAACCGCCCGUGCUGAACAAGCAAUAUAUGUGCAUAUUCACUCCACCUUAAUCCUGAAUGUUACAUGUCUAGAAAACUGUGAUAAAUCAUUAGUUCCGACAGAAAGAUUUUGUCUUUCUGGCAAAUGCCUAAAUUGCAGAACCAACAAGCCUUCCUAUCACUGGUCACUUCAUUCGGCACAAUCCAAUGAAAUAGAUUUUGACUGGUCUUCCAAAACUACAACAGGAAGGUCCAGUCCAUAUUUACGUAUUAAUGCUUUUGCAUUUGAAACCAUGAUAGAGCAUUCAUAUGUCCUUACCUUGAAAGUCUCAACAACAGAAGGACAGUUGGCCAUCUAUAAGUAUUCUUUUUAUGUUAAUGGACCACCUCAGCUAGGAAAAUGUGUCCUUAACCCAAAAAUCGGUAUAGCAUUCCUAACAAAAUUCAUUAUUCAGUGCAAUGGGUUUGGAGACAAAAAUGAACCUCUUGCAUAUAAAGUAAUAGCAGCAUAUAAUCAAAUAGAAAUGAGUACUAUAUCAUCGAUAGAGAACAAUACUUUGGGAAUAAUAGUGUAUUCUGGCCAUGACUAUAAAACCCCUCAAUUUUUCCUCCCAAAUGGUGUGCCAUCUCAUAACUCUGCCUUGGUUAUAUAUGUUCAAGUAUAUGAUGCUCUUGGAGCAAGUUCUCAAGUAACUUUACAAGCAACUGUGCAUGAUGAAAAGAAAAGUAAGUCACUGGGUGUUAUUCAUCAUGAACUACAUUCCUUAAUGAAUGGGCAAAGUGCUCUUAUGACAACUUUUCGGAUAACGAAGGAUUAUUUUGAUAUAGGUUACUUUGUUUAUAUGGUGGCCUCGGUUUUAAAUAACAUUGAGAACCCAAGUCAGGGUUCUACAUCUGAUUUGAGGCAAAUCCUCCUUAAUAUGACUGCAGAAAUGCCAACAAAUACUGCACAGGAAAUAAAUCAGGUUAUUUUAAGUAUUUGCCAGGUAACACAUGAAACCACGGAAAUCAAUGAGGAAUCACAACUACUUGCAAUCAAGAAACUGAAGGAAGCCAGUAAAGCUCUAAAAAGACUCAAGGACAAAGAUUUCAGUUCGAAGGAAACUGAUAUCCUUGGCCGUGGUAUUCUUAUUGGGUUGUCCAAUGUGUUGAAAGCUUCCCUCUCGCACUACCAAAAGGUCAAUAUCAAUGUAAUUAAAGAAACGAUUUUUGUGAUGGAAAUAUUAGCAGACUUAGUCUUACGAGAUAAAGUCCCUGGAGAAAAUGAAACUGUAAUGAAAACAGAAAACUGGAGCGUUCAUUUACAAAAAUAUGCAAAGGCGGACCUUUUUGGAAAUGUUUCCAAUAGAAAAGAUUGCAAGAAUUGCUUUUAUCCCAAACUGAAGGAGGGUCUUCAUGCCGAAUUAAAUGUCGAUGCCGUGGUUACCAGUGUUUUUUAUGUAUUUGACAUAAAUCCUUUCCCUUGGUUGCUUUUCACAGAAGAUAUUGGAACAAUAGUAACCGGAUUCAAAAUGACAGGUACCCAACCUAAUGGUGAUAUAAUUAGCCUCACGCCUGAUUUAGUUGAAAUUAUCAUGGCCAGGAAAGAUGAGGUCAUCUUUGACUUGACUAUUGGUCCGGACAAAACGCUUUCUAAAACAACUGGAGGCUUUAGUUUUGAAAUAAAGAGGAGUACCAAAGAUGUUUUCAUCCAGAUUGUCUCCAAAAGGAACAUCACUUUCCAGGUAUUUAUAUACCUAGGUCACAACAUCAGCCACCCUCCCUUGGCUACAUAUACUGUUUCCCAUCACAGUCCCCCAACACCUACUGAAAAUGACACUACUAUUCCUGACUGUGCAGUUGUGGCUCCCUAUAUCCUUUGUCUUCCACAAUCAUUGCUCUGGUCUCCAAUCUAUAGCAACAGAGAAGACAAAGUGAGCAUCUCUAUUGUCUUACAAUCACACCCGUUUGUGAGAGAACAGACUACAAAGAUUGUUCGCAUUGCCCUUUUUGCAGCAGAAUGCCUUGAUCUGGAUGGGAUUGAAAAACAAUGGGAAGAAGGAACAUGCAGCCUUGGCCCUGAAACAAGCUGGUCCAAAAUACAUUGCAUUUGCAAACCAAAAGGACUCGACAUGAUUACAGGUAGUCCUAGGACAGCAGGGACCUCUGAAACUGGCCUCAGAUUUUUAGCCAGCAAGGUGUUUUCAUUCCCUAAUCAUAAGGAUAUGAAAAGGUCCCUUUUAACACAUGAUGUGCAUUAUCCCAUAGCAGAAUUGACAUUAUUUAUUAUUUUUAUACUUUACACAUUGAUGGCUGCCUGGGUCUUAACAAAAGAUAAAGUCGGUACGGAAGACCAAAUCAUCGAUCUGCCAGACAAUGAUCCUUUUGACAUGAUAAAGUACCUAGUCACUAUAUAUACAGGAAGUCGUCUCAGAGCAGGCACAAGAGCUGGUGUUUUUAUUGAGCUGAUGGGCGAAAAUGGGGCCAGUGGUGUGCAUCAUUUAAAGCAUCCACAUUUUCCAAGAACCUUCCGCCGAGGAUCUAUUGACACUUUUCUUUUAACUACAAUGAUCGACUUAGGAGACAUUUCUUCUCUUCAUAUCUGGCAUAAUAAUUGCAGUUUUGGUCCUAAUUGGUACCUAAGCCGAGUCAAAGUCCAAAACCUGGAGACUGAAGAGACAUGGCUAUUUUGGUGUAGAAAAUGGUUAUCUCUUCGCAAAAAUGGUUGCCAAAUCGAAAGGACAUUUGCUGUUACAAACCCAAGUAGACGUGUAAGUAAAAUUGAUUGUUUUUUAAUAACAGUUAGCAAUGAUGUGAGCGGAAACCACCUCUGGCUGUCUGUCUUCACUUAUCAUAGAAUCCAUGGCUCUUUGAGCAGAUUCCAAAGGUUGUCCUGUUGCUUGGUGAUAUUGCUGACCUCCUUGAUGUUUAACUCUUUAUUAUUUGCUAGUGAGAAAGAUCGAUUUAUUUUAUCAGUAGACUUGUCAUACCUGAGAUCUAUAGGAACUGGAAUAGCAGGUGCUUUAAUUUCCAUCCCUGUGCAGGUGAUCUUGACCACCUUGUUUAAGCACUCACAAAAGAGGCCGGCACCAUCUCACCCAACUCAAAGUCAACAAAAAAAGAGACCCUCCUUAGUAGCCGAAUAUCUUUGUACCGAGGAUAAUGUAAGAGAGGCUCCACUUGCAGAGAUGACAUCUCAACCAUUCCCACCCACCAAUGCCAAUGUCAAUAACAAUUAUCCAGUCGAAACGACAGUACAGUGUAAGAACACAAAGAAUCCAAAUCCUAAUCACUGGUCUGCAGUCACAGCUUGGUCCUUGGUGUUAUGUAUCCCUGGGAUGUCAGCAUUUUUCAUCAUAGUGCACGGCCUGUCUUUUGGCUACAUAACAUCCUUGGAAUGGUUGCUAGCUUCCGUGACAUCCCUUUGUGUACAUGUGUUUUUGUUUGAGACCUUACAGAUACUUGUGAUUUCAGCUUGGCGUACUGGUUUUGCAAAAUACUGUCGAGACCUCCCAUGGCAAAGCCACCAAGUUAUUCACUUUAAGAGUAAAACUCAGACUGCCAGUGAGAUGAAACUCUUGCAUCAUGAGCUGACUAUACUUAGAGCUUCCGAAGAUUACCAGCCCUUAAAGAAGGAAGUAGUUAGAAAAUUGCGCAGAAUACAUAGGAUUAAACAUCUGGCUUAUGUUUAUGUGAAGAAUAUGUUCUGUCAUCUUUUCUUCUUAUCUUUAAUCUUAACCGUUGCAAAGCCUGCUGAAAUCACAACUUUGUAUUAUUCCAAUCAGUAUAUGACAGAGACAUUUUCUGUUGAUCUAGCUGAAGUAACUACAAUAGAGGAUAUUUACACAUGGGUGAAAAAUGUCUUUCUGCCAAUGAUACACAAUGACAAUGAACCAACGUAUCUUUCAGGCACUUGGUUCAAAAUUCUUGGAUUGCCCAGAAUGAGACAAAUAAGAAGUCAAAGUUCUCCAACCAAAUGUUUCUUUCCGUAUGGCUUGACAAAUACAUUAAGCCUGAAUGAUAUUCAUUGCCGAAAGAAAUACGGAAUUGAUCCUGAAGAUCAAGCUGACUACCUUGGAUCAUGGUCAGUAAAGGCCAAUAGACCAAUUCCUAUUGACAAUCGUGCUUUUUUCGGUUUCAUUUAUGAACAUCCUGCUUAUCAGUGGGACUAUUACUCAUAUGGGAAAUUCAACACCUAUUCAUCCAGAGGAUACAGCUUUUAUUUUUUUCCAGGGGAGACACAAAAUAAUUCAACAACGAGGUUAGAAACUUUGGAAAUAAACAAGUGGCUUGAUGAUAAGACAUGGGCACUGAUUAUUGAAUUGACCACUUUUAACCCAGAUACAGAUCUAUACUGUUGUAUUUCUGUCAUAUUUGAGUUUUCCUAUAUUGGCCCUAUUGUCAGUAAGGUGUACGUUGAAUCUUGCCACCUCCCUCUUCUCACUGACCAAUCCAGCAGUGAGGUUUUCUUCUUGCUAGCCACUGUAUAUAUGCUCAUAACAUAUAUUACUGAUGAAUGCUGGAUGAUCUAUAAACAGAGGCUGAAAUAUAUAAAAGCAGCUACCAACUUAAUCAAUUUUGGAAUGAAGACACUUUGCACUAUUUAUGUAAUGUUACUUUUAUACAAAUUUCAUCUUGCUGAGGAAUUAGUACAGUUUUAUUUUCUCAAUCCCUAUCAGUUCAUCCCUUUCCACGUAGCUUCCCAGUUUGAUGAGACAGUCAGGAUAGUUAUGGCAUUUUUGCUUUUUCUCUUAAUUUUGAAAAUGUUCCGCUAUUUCAGAUUCAUAUAUGGGGUACGCCUGGCUCAAAAAUCCUUACAUGAAGCUUUACCUAAAAUGAUUAAUCUGUCUUUUGCAGGGGCCAUAUUCUUUUUUGGAUUUAUGUCGCUUGGGUAUCUAGCAUUUGGACAACAUGAAGUAACAUUUCGAACUCUGUUAGAUUCUUUUACCACUGUAUUGUCUUACUGUGCCUUAGCAUUUAGGGACACUGAAUUUUCAUCUGAUAAGCUUCUAGGUGGUCUUUUCUUAGGUUGUUUUCAGUUUGUGAUGAUUUGUGUUUUUGUCAAUUUAAGUGAAGUUAUUAUAAUCUCUGCUCAUGUGGACAUGAAAGAAACUGUUUAUGAACUACCAUCACAUGAAGCUGAAGUGAUAUACUAUUUAGUCCAAAGAAUCCACAGGCUUUGUUUUUUUCUUUCAACUGGUACAAAACCUGAAAAAGAAACCAAUUUCUUGAAUCGGAUACUGUAUGGAAAAAUGGAAAAACAUAAUAAGCGACAGACUAAAAGGCAGAGUAUGUAA